AUGACAGGAGAGAAAGAUGCCUGCACAGAGAAUCCAUGUCUUAAUGGUGGCGUAUGUAAUAACUUGUAUACCUACUACACCUGUACGUGCCCAGCCUACUACUUUGGUGACCGAUGUGGGGAAGAUUAUGCAAUUUGUUAUGCCACGGGUGACCCACACUACUUGACAUUUGAUGGUCUGUGGCACAACUUUCAAGGGGAGUGUGAGUACAUACUGGUCCGUGAAUGUGAGCAGGAGAGCCCAGUGUUUCAGGUUGAUGUUCUCAAUGCUGGAAAGCCUGGGAAUCUAACCGGGAGCUUUACAUACGAAGUUCAGGUGCAAGUUCUUGGAACGGAGAUUCAACUGAAACAAGACCAGGUUGUUUACGUGGACGGUCGACGUAUCACAUUACCCAGCCAGCCUCAAGAUGGAAUAUGGGUCCGCAAAAGUGGACUUUUUGUGGAAAUUGAUGUUAAUGUGAUUACUGACACGGAUAUGACCAUACUGUAUGUGAAAUGGGACGGGGAGCGUACAGUGGAGGUGCGUCUUCCAACCUACCUCUACAUGGGCAAAGUGUGUGGUCUCUGCGGUGACUUUGAUGGGAACUCAACCAAUGAGUUUCAGACUCCAGAGGGCCAACAGGUUAACAACACCCAAGUAUUUGGUAAUAGUUGGAUAACCGGUGCAACAUGCGAGCCACAAACUGUACCAAGCUAUCCCUGUGAUACCAACUCCCCAUCAUACAUGGCUGCUGAGACCGCAUGCUCCAUCAUUAUGGAUGUGGAAGGACCUCUUGGCGCUUGCCAUGCACGGUUGGAUCCUGUGCCCUUCUACAAUGCAUGCCUUCUUGAUGGCUGUAUAGUCCUCUCUUCAGACUUGAACGCCACGGUGUGCCACCUGAUAGAAUUGUACGCACAGUCAUGCUACGAUAGGGAGGUGGAAUUGCUUCCCUGGAGAAGUAACUCAUUUUGUGGUAUCACAUGCCCUGCUGAGACGAUGUAUGAAUGGUGCUCAAGCGCUUGUCCAUCCACCUGCUCAGAUGUUGUACUAGGAAGCAGCGAGACGUGCAACCGCAAAUGUGCCGAGUCAUGUGACUGCCCAGGAAAUCUCGUUCUGGACGGGAGUUCAUGCGUGUCUCCCACUGCUUGUGGGUGUGUCGUGGACGGCUUUUACUACUCGCCGGAUGAAACAGUCUACACACCUGGCUGCUUCACUGAACGCAUUUGCAUGGGAAAUAACGUAGUGACCUCAGUGGACUUAAACUGCGAUGAAAAUGCGUUCUGCGGGAUCAACGAGGAUGGAUUGCAUGGUUGCCACUGCAGGGCAGGUUACAUUGGAGAUGGAAAGACCUGCCUGGAUAUUGAUGAAUGUGUCAGCAGUCCCUGUGUGAAUGGUGAAUGCGUAAAUGGUGUCAACCUCUAUGCCUGCAACUGCGCUGUGGGCUGGGCUGGUUAUAAUUGUGACGAGUACUUUGGCUGCUCCAGUGAUCCAUGUCUGAAUGGUGGCUCUUGCGUACCGUAUGACAACGAGUACGAAUGUGUCUGCACCAUGGGAUACAAUGGUACCUUCUGUGAAAUAAACACGGAUCCAUGUUUCCAAGAGCCCUGUCAGAAUGGUGGUACCUGCUAUAGUGAUGCAGAUUUCUACAACUGCACAUGCGCCUAUGGGUUCAUGGGAGUCAAUUGCCAAGAUGAGGUGAACCCAUGCCUGAGUAACCCAUGCCUCAAUAACGGAACUUGCAGUAAUUUUAUUGACUACUAUACAUGUACAUGUUCUGGAUCCUUCAUGGGAAGUAGAUGUGAAACGGAGUAUGGUACCUGUUUUGCCACUGGCGACCCCCAUUACAAGACCUUUGACAAUCUCUGGCAUGACUUCCAGGGUAUCUGUAGAUACACGCUGGCUAAGGACUGCACACAGGAUGCCCCCAGUAGCUUCUCCGUUGAGGUGGACAACAGAUUGAGAUCAGCGGAGGACACGGUCUCCUACACUUAUGAAGUCGCCAUUAUUAUUGGAAACAUGACAAUCGUUCUUGGUCAGAACCGUGAGGUGAUGGUGAAUUCAGUUCUGAUCAUUCCUCCUGCUCAGACUUCAGGCAUUAGAGUCUCAUUCAGUGGUCUCUAUGUGCAACUUGUGACUGACUUUGGUCUGUACAUCCGUUGGGAUGGAGAUAGUAGGGUUGAGGUACGUGUAACAGCGGACUACAAGAGCAGGAUGUGUGGACUAUGUGGUAACUACAACGGGGACGGCUCAAGGGAAGAUGAGCUCAAGACGCCAGAUGGAAUAUUCCUGUCUAACGAGGCUGCAUUUGGUAACAGCUGGGUAGUUGGCAACGAUCCUAACUGUGUCUUACAGAGUGAUGAAGUCAACCCUUGUCUUCAAGUCUCAGAUGGUAGCAUCGUUGAUCUCGGCCGGAUGAAAUGUGAAAUAAUCAGAGAUACUCAAGGUCCUUUCUCCAGUUGCCACAGUAAGGUCGAUCCAGACCCAUUUUACAGAUCGUGUAUUUAUGAUGUAUGUGCAUUUCCCAAUGGUGCUGAUGGGGUCGUUUGUGACCUAAUGGCCGCCUACACACAAGCCUGCAAGUAUCACUAUGUGGACAUACAGAGUUGGAGAAAUGAAACCUUCUGUCCUGUGACUUGCCCGACUAACAGCUCUUACAGCGUUUGUACCUCAGCCUGUCCAGGGACAUGCCUGGACUUGCGUCAGGAGUUAGUAGCAUGUAAUGAUCGCUGUGUAGAGGGAUGCCAAUGUGACGAAGGGUUUGUUUUAGAAGGGACUAACUGUGUGCCGGCAAACACUUGUGGUUGUGUCAGGAAUGGUUUUUACUAUGCGGUUGGCACUGUCCAGCUGACUCAGAUGUGUAGCCAGAGAUGCGAGUGUCUAGCUGGUGGUAUUGUCAACUGUACUGAUGUACAGUGUGAUUCCAAUGCAUACUGUGGUGUACAAAUGGCACAGAGUCAAUGCAUCUGCAAUGAAGGGUACACUGGCAAUGGAUUGGAAUGCUUAGAUAUCAAUGAAUGUUCCAGCAACCCUUGUCUGAAUGGGACGUGUAUUGAUGAAAUCAACAUGUUCAGCUGUGAAUGUGAUGGUGGUUGGAAGGGACUGCUAUGCGAUAAGACAGACGAAUGCUUCAGCAAUCCAUGCUCUACAAACGGGACGUGUGUUGAUGGAGAAGACAUGUACAUGUGCGUGUGUAACCCUGGGUUCGAGGGUGUCAACUGCGAAAUAGAAAUCGAUGAGUGUGGUUCGGAUCCAUGCCUCCACAGCAGCACAUGCAUUGAUAAAAUGGCAGGGUACGAGUGUAUGUGUGUAGGUGGAUAUACCGGACCAAACUGUGAAACCGAUAUCAACGAGUGUAGGAGCAACCCAUGCCAGAAUGGUGGAGAAUGUUUCAAUCUAGUGAACAGAUUCCUGUGUGAAUGUGCCCCUGGCUGGAAGGGUGAUACCUGCAUGCAAGACGAUCUUACAUACAUGUAUCAUGUCCGAGCUGAUGUAGGCCUCUCCUACCUUCAUGUUCCUCUUCUAUUUCGAGUGGUGUCCUCGGUCAAUGAUGUUACCGCUGAGUUGUCUCCAGAUCUCUCUGUCCCUCAUCCAUGUGGAUAUUUCUCCAGAAGUCACAAAUCCAGUGUCCUUUUUGAGCAGAUUAACAUAGGUCAGGUGACCUCGACCUCUGUGAGCUUGACCUUGCUUAGGCUCCUAGAGGACAAGCUUGCUGGCUGGAAGCUGAGGGUGGUGAUAGCAGUGCCCUGCAAACUUCACUCUUCUUGCUCAGAUUUUGGCACUCGGCUUGGGGAUUCCGAGAUAGAGUUAUGUGUUUGA